ACCAACAGCGUGACAUUGAGCUGGGCGGUGGGCAGGCUGCCAACGCGACGAGGAUGGCUUGGCACCGGCACUGGUGCUGCUUUGAUUCAAAUUAAUGAUCCGUGUUACAUUUAUCACCAUGUAAGUGCACUGGAACCAAGAAGCGACGUCGACAGUAAGGCACCUUGCGCCCAGCAGAAAGGCGAAGAUACUGGGAGACACUGGGACUGUCACUGCGGGAGCCUGCCGCACCAGCGAACAAUAACUGUGUUGUGGUCCAGCUUCUUUAAGCUUCGUCUGAAAACACGCUGCUCGACGCCGACAGAGAGAGAGAAAAGUGAAGCUCUCUGCCAGCCCACAUCCCCGAGAAGCAAAGCCGAAACCCGCAGAGUCUGUCUGGUUAGUUAACAGCAGCUAGCUGAGUUGUGGCUGCGUCGACACUCGCGCUGUAUGUAAACUUUACAAGCUAACGUUAUUGGGUCGCGUCGGCCGCUGCAGUUCAAACUUUAUGGUUUUAACGCCAGUCAAAGUUGCUGUGCAGAUGUAGUUUGUUUUUAACGCCAUAGCAACGUGGCUCUAAGUGGGGAGUAUAAUGUAAAAGUUAGCUAACAUAUGCUUGCUAACCAUGCUAGCUUUUUCGGCGUGACUCACUCCCCGCAAAUUAAUGUAUCGUAAUUUCGGGUGUUGCCUGUCCCGUCGCUCCGCUUAAAGGCUGCUGAUGAACUGUGUCCGACUGGAAGGAAGACUUUGUCCUAUCUCCUCUCACACGUGGAACAACUGCUCAUCGAUUUGGGAUUAAUAUUGGGAUUUUUUUUUCCUGUACACCAACAUGAUGGGCUCAUUGAAAGCUCUCCAGGAGUGGUGUCGGAUCCAGUGCGAGGACUACAACGAUGUGGAAAUAAAGAACAUGUCAACGUCUUUUCGUGACGGCUUGGCGUUUUGUGCCAUAAUACAUCGAUACAGACCGGAUUUAAUAGACUUUGACUCGCUGUCCAAAGAGAAUGUCUACGAGAACAACAGGCUGGCAUUUGAGGUGGCCGAGACACAGUUGGGUAUUCCAGCUCUGUUGGACCCGGAGGACAUGGUGUCCAUGAAAGUGCCUGACCGGCUCAGCAUCAUCACCUAUGUCUCCCAGUACUACAACUUCUUCACCAACAAGUCUGAAGCAAACCCUCCUUGUAUGAAAAGGCCAAGUGCCACAGGUCAUACUGAGCCAGCACAGAAAAGGCCUACGACUCCUCUGGAAGACAAAAUGGUAGAGUCUGAGCAGAGGGAAGGCAAAGCCACAGAGGGCAGACUGAACCAGCCCGCACAGACAGGUGUAGAGGCGAGUGCAGCGGCCAAGCGCAGCACCCUGAGCAGCACCUGUGCCGCCUGUCAGAAACACGUCCACCUGGUGCAGAGGUUUCUGGUGGACGGCAAGCUCUACCACCGCAACUGCUUCAGGUGCGCAGAGUGCUGCAGCACGUUGCUUCCUGGAUCCUACAAACUAGGAAGCGACUCUGGAGUCUUGGUCUGCACACAUCACUUUACAAGACCAGCUUUCGGCAAUCAGAAUGGCCGCCCGGAUCUCAGUAAGAGACCAGCAGGAGUCCAGUCUGCCAGGACUGGUAGCACCACAGCCCAUGAAACCCCACCCUCUGAGAGGGAUCAGGAAAAGACUCCGCCCCCAGGGAGCAUCACAGCUGAUCACAUGUCAGCAACCGGCCCUAUCACAGCCACUCCUGUUGCAACAAACGAGGCAAACUCUUUAGAAAAAGAAAACAAGGAGGAUGGCAGCAGAGAGACACAGGAGAUACCGCCUGCCUCCUCUCCUCCCAACCCUUUUGAUGAGAGUGACGAAGAGGAGGAAGGUGGGGUAAAGGAAGAGGAGACUCAAACACCAGCCAAAGAUACUGUUAUUGCGAACCUCCCGCCCACGCCUGUCACUCAUCUAGGAGGGCCCAAUCGGCCAGUCCCUGCACCCCGUCGGGUUCUUGAGCCCACCCCUCCCCCUCGCCCUGCCCCUAGGGUGAGGCCACCCCGGCCGGCGGACAGCCCCGCAGUUAAUGGUGAACAUCGGAAGCCUCUGCUUCCUCCCAAACCACGGGAAAGAUCCCACUCUCCAGGAAGCCUGUCCAGUGGCACCCAUAAACCCAAAGAUCCACCUUGGCUUGCCCUGGUCCAAUCAGAACCUAAGAAGAAGCAGGCCCCUCCCCCUCCCCCUGCCGGACUGGCAACCCCUCCCAACACAGGCUCUCUGUCCUCUCUCAAAGGAGAGGGCUCCAGACCUAGCACACCCCCUCCGCCUUCUAACCCGUUUGAGGAGGAGGAGGAGGAUGAUAAUAUCGAGGUGGAGGAAGAGGAGGGGACUGAAGGAAGUGCAGUUCCACCUACAGUGGUGGCUAGUCACCCAUGGUACAGCAUCACACGGGCAGCUGAGGCCACAGGUGCAGACACUCCCCCUAGUGGAGGCAGCUCAUCCCGCUCCGCCAGCCCUGGUAGCACAAAGAGCAAGAAACGGCGUGCGCCCCGCGCUCCACGCCCACCUACUGCUAACCAAGUUCUCCCGCACUCUCAGCCUUCCUCUUGCUCUCCCUCUCCAGCUCUUAGCAUGGAGAGUCUUUCCUCUGGCUCAGACCACAGCUCCUCCCAGCCUCCCUUGGGUGGUGGUGCCAACAGUGACCAGGAACAUACCUUCACCAAAAGCAGCUCAGAGCCCUCAAUCAACAGACAGUGUGACUCUGCCGCCUCCCCUAACUACUCCUCAGCUGAGCGUCUGCCUCAUCUCACCCCAACCCCUUCCACUCCCCCCAAGCCGUCCAAUAUCAGCUCAGCACCAUCCACCCCGCAGACCAGUCGCAGCUCAGGGACUAAAGGGGCCCCUCCACCACGGCCCUCGACAACCCCCAGCCCACUGGCUUCAGGGCCCCCGCCUUCACUCAAAAAGCGGAUCUGCAAGGAGAAUCCAUUCAAUAGGAAGGCCUCUCCCUCCCCUGCUAAAUCCAAAGCCAGACCGCCACAAGGCUCCCGCCCUGCCAGACCCCCAGCCCCAGGCCACGGUUUCCCACUUAUCAAACGCAAGGUGCAGUCAGAUCAGUACAUACCUGUGGAGGACAUCCAUGGAGAGAUGAGCCAGCUGGAGAAGGAGCUGGACGAGCUGGAGCAGAGAGGAGUGGAGCUGGAGAGGAAGCUCAGAGACAACCCGAAUGAUGAGGAAGAGGAACACCUGCUGGUGGACUGGUUCACUCUCAUCCACGAGAAACACCUUUUAGUCAGACGGGAAGCUGAGCUGGUCUACACGGCCAAGCAACAGAACCUGGAGGAGAGGCAAGCCGAUGUAGAGUAUGAGCUGCGGUGUCUCCUCAACAAGCCAGAGAAAGAGUGGAGUGAGGAGGACAAGAGUCGGGAGAAGGAGCUAAUGGCUGAGCUGGUGACCAUCAUUGAGCAGCGCAACCAAAUCAUAAACAACAUGGACCAGGACAGACAGAGGGAAGAAGAGGAGGAUAAAUUUAUGGAAGCCAUGCUUAAGAAAAAAGACUUCCAUAAAGAUUCGGACAGCGAGCAGCAGAAGAAAAAAGGGGCAAAGUUCAAACCCAUGAAAGUGCUCAAGCGGCUGAGCCACAAAGGAGAACCGAGCAAGAGUCAGAGCCCUCGCAAGGAGAAGAGCUGAAGAGCGGAGGGGGAUGUGAAUGGAUUUAGGGAGUGAUGAAAGAGGAAUGCCAUCCCCCGCAAGAGGAUAUUUUGACAAGACUGUGGAACAAUAAAAACACAUCGGAGAACAUAAGUAUUUAGGGUCAAGAACAUGAAGACUAAAGCCUAUAUCAAAGACUUGACAUGCGCAACCCAAAAACCACUCCCUGCUCAUAUCUUACCUGAUGCUUCUCCAAAAACAGACUCUCCAGUGACUCCAUUUCUUCAGUUGCCUUUGUGUGUUGAAAGAGAGAGGAUGACAACUCCAGUGUGGGAAGAGCUAACUGCUUUGUAAGCUCUAAGAGCUUUCAGGCGAAUGAACAGAAGUAUAGGUUUAUAAUUGUGCGCAGUGAUUUGUUACAUGUUAUUACUUUGCUGCCCCUUUUAAUCGUGCUCUACAUUGCAAAGUAACUGUGCCUAAUGGCCAUUGAUUAAUGUUUAAAGGAAUACGCCAACGUUUUGGGCAAAAUACACUUUAUCCAACUUACCCAGACUGAGACAAGAUGUUCGAUAUCAUUUUUACCUCUGUACGUCCAGUAGUUUGGUUCCUAAAGGUAGCAUUCAUGUAAGCUUAGCAUAAAGACCUGAUGUCUAAAGACCUGAUCCUUCUAUCGCAGUGAUCCAUGCUCCACUGAAGGCAUAGGAGGCUCCAGCACAAAUUCUCCUAAAACGACUCUAGUUUGUUUUUGGGGUAUUUUGCCCAAAAUGUCGGAGUAAUUCUUUAACAAAGGUGUGAAUGUGAACAAUAAUGACAGAAAAGGUCAAUUCAUUUUCAGUUUAAGAAGUGACUAUUCACUGAAUCGCAGUUUAAAUGAAUUUGAAACAAGUAUUCCCCCGUUAUCUUUGGUUUUUUAUGUUUUUACUCUGAUGUAAAGUUACACUCCUUGAACACCCUCACUGCUCAAACGUAAAGUGUUUGUCCCUGCGUGAUAAAUAGUCAGUCGGCAGAUAUCAGAGAAGAUCUUAAUGUUGUGUUUGGUUUGAACCUGUGGUACUGUAUUGGUGAAACUGGGAAAAUGUUUUGAGAUGAACUGUCUACAAUAGAAUUAAUAAUCCUUACCCUUGAAAUGAUCAAUCAGUGGAGACCUAAGCGUUACUAGCUGCUACUUUACUAUUGUUUGUAGUUCUCUUCUUUUAUUUUCAGUAGUAAUCAAUUAGAGAGAGAGCCAAGUCUUGCAUGCGGAAAUGCAUAUAAUGAAAGAUGGAUGAAUAUAAUGUCAGUUUUUUUAAAGAGUGUGACUCUUUGAACUGGAGAAAUAUUUUGAAUGUAUAAUAUACUGAUUUAGAAAAUUGGUAGAAGAGAGCAUCAUUGAGAGUACUAAACUAUAGACCUGAAUUAGACUUUGAAUUAGGUGUAACAACCAUCUGAGGGUUUAAUAUUAGAGGUUACACAUGCAGUAAGGAAUUUUUGAAAAAGCAGAUAUAUUUUAACAACAGUAGCAAAAGACCCGUUUUUAACUGUUUUAACCAUGUGAGGGGGAAACCUGAAUAUGCAAUCGUUUAAUUUAUAAUUUACCAUGCCUUUCUGUGUGUUUCUCUAAAAACUACAUUUUGCCUUAAAAAUGUGUAGAUUCAAUCUGUUGAUACCGUCAAAACUGUAAAUGUGCCAUUUAUUUAAAUGCAUUUGUGGAUAAACGUCAUCUGUUCAUUUCAAGUUAAUGUAAAAUGUUCAUGUUGUUUCCUCCCAUGUAACUAUUGUUAAAAUUGUCUGUAUGUGUGUAUGUGGCUAAUUUGUCCUCCAUUCUAAAUGGUAAUUUCUGUUGUUGGUCUGCGUUUCUCCCCUUUGUGCCUGUCUUUUUGUCCAGCUGAAACCAAGGGCUUCUGUAGUGCUACUUUUUUUGUCAGCUGCUCUUUGUCCUAAACCAAUAGGAUUGCAUAAAAUACUGAUAUUGGAGGCAGAGGAAUAAAAGCAGUUAAUGCGA